AUGACCCUUGAAAGCUGUGCCUCCUUCUGCAACGCCUACAAUUACUUCGGCACUGAGAACGGUCGUGAGUGCUACUGCGGUGAUAGACUUGGCCUUGGAAGCUUCCAGGCUCUUAACCAAAAGGACUGCUCUGCGACUUGCGCGGGCGAUAAGACCGAGUACUGUGGCGGUACGAUGCGUCUUCAGCUUUACAAGGCGGGUCCUAAAGCGGCGCCGGCCGUGGAUCCGGGAAACAAGAACUUCACGAGCUACUCAUGCGUUUCCGAGCCUUUCCUGGGCCGUUUGCUCCCGCAGUUGAUUGCCACCGACAGUAACUCGAUGACGAUCGAUACUUGUCUUGAGAAAUGUUGGAUGUACAAAUACGCUGGUGUUGAGAACGGCCGCGAGUGUUGGUGUGGUAACACUGUCAACUGGCAAGGUAUCCUGCCUAAUUUUGGUCAGGGCAAGAAUGUUUCCAUGUCUGAAUGCAGCGUUAACUGUCCGGGUAAUAGCCAGACGUUCUGUGGUGGGCUGGCAAAGAUGAAUCUGUAUAUCAACAAGUCGUCGGCUAUGGCUUUUCUGAAAAAGCAUAGACGGCGUCAUGCGAAGGGGCUUUUGGGGUAG